AUGUCGUUCUUUAAUAAGUUCAAGGGGGCCAAUGCGGGGACCGUAACUCCUGGCCCUAAGGAAGUGGCCGGUAAGAAGAAGGAAGAACCCGCGCCAGAGCUUACGCCUCUUGAAAAGAUGCUGCAGAAUGCCGGUCCUUUGCGAAAUGAUGGAACGGAUAAGUUCUUUGGUCUAGAAAACUUUGGCAAUACAUGUUACUGUAAUUCCAUCGUACAAGCCCUAUACUACUCGGAAGCUUUUCGCAACCACGUCGUAACCUACCCAUCCAGCGACGAGCACGCCAAUGGCGUGCGACCCAAAGUCAACGUUACCAUCCGGCCGCCGAUGGUGAGUGCGACGCCGCAGCCCGCAGCUAAAGAUGCCAAUAAACGCCGUCAAGUCAGCGGGACGGGGAUCCCAGGUCAACCGAUCCGACCCGAGGACAAGCCCGAUGCGCCAGAGUACAAGAAGAAGCAAGCCAUGAUGAAAGGACCGAUCUUGGAACUGUCACAUCAGAACACGACGGCGUAUGGCAUGGAAGAGUGCACCUUUACGGGCCUUAAGGACAUAUUCUUGGCAUUGCUCGAAAGCCAAACGCGCACAGGCGUGCUAAGCCCGCAACGGUUCCUGGAAAUCUUCAAGCGGGACAAUGAAAUGUUCCGAAAUUCGAUGCACCAGGACGCGCACGAAUUCUAUGGUCUCGUUCUCAACGAUGUCAUCUCGAAUGUGGAAGCAAACGCGAAGCGCACACGUGAGCUCGAGCUGGCGGCUGCCUUGCAGAAAGACUCGCUGGCGCAGUCAACCGAGGCUGCCGUCAACGCUUCAAAUGCAGUGGCGAAUGCCAAGCUAUCCUCGACGGGGUGGGGACGAGACGUUUUGGAUCUGUCUAUCGAUCUUGAGGAGCAUGCGUCGGUAACAUCGUGUCUGGGCAAAUUCUCCGCGGAAGAAAUGCUCUGCGAGCGGAACAAGUUCCACUGUGAUCACUGCGGCGGCCUACAGGAAGCAGAGAAGCGGAUGAAGAUCCACAAGCUGCCCAAGGUGCUUGCGUUCCACCUAAAGCGGUUUAAAUAUACCGAGGACUACAGCCGGCUGCAAAAACUCUUCCACCGGGUCGUCUAUCCAUACCACUUGCGCCUUUUCAACACGACGGACGACGCCGAAGAUCCCGACCGACUAUACGAACUCUACGCGGUGGUGGUGCACAUUGGCGGGAACGCGUACCACGGGCACUACGUCUCGGUCAUCAAGACAAAGGACCGGGGUGGCUCCUUUCGACGACGAGAUGGUGGAGCCAGUAGACAAGCACUUUGUCAAGAACUUUUUGGCGAUAAGCCUGGAAUGGCUUGCGCGUAUGUAUUAUUCUACCAAGAGACGACAUUUGAAAAGAUGCGGGCGGAACAGGAGGCGGAAGGCUUCGAUGACCUCAUCAUCAGCAACGACAAGGCAGCCUGUGAGGCGAGCGGGUCAGGACAGGAAAACGGAGUGCCGAACGGCGUCAACGGGACCCAUCGAGCAAAGCAAGAGAGCCAGGAAGCCCAGGCGGACAGCACGGAAAUUGACCGGGAGCUGAUGCCCAAGCUGGCACACGCAUACACGGAACCGGCGCGGGUAGGAGGUACCAACGCGGGGACACUGGCGAGCUCGAGUCCGGUGCUACCGCACACGCCGGCGACACCUACGACGAAGCUGGAGUUGACGAAGACGAAGGAAGAGCUAAAACGGGAAAAGAAGGAGGCGGAAGCGGCAGAAAAGGCAGCGGAAAAGGCGAGGAAGGUGGCGGCGAAGUUGGAAGAGAAGCAGCGUAAGGAAGCGAAAGAUCGACUCAAGGCGGAGCAGGAAGACGCACGAAAGGCGGCGGCGGCGGCUAUAGCAGCUUCGGCAGAUGCCGUCAAGGGCGACGAGAAGAAGGGGAGCUCAUUUUUGAGUCGGUCGGCGCGAGGCAGUAAAUCGGUACACAAGAAGAGCUUUGCCUUCUUAGGCAAGGAUCGAGACGCAGCCGGAGAAAGCUCGAGUACGCUCCAGGAGACAGUACCUCAUCCCCUAACCGUCCUGGUUCACCUGGCCUUGGCCCCGUACACCAAGGUUGAGGAAUCCUUCUCCAUCCAAGCCGCCCACGACAUUCUCGUCUACGGCACGCCAACCUCGGAUGUCGCCGCCCGUCUACGCGAGUCCUAUGACCACCUCACCUUUUCCGGCGCCGUGCCCCGCUCCUUCAUCGGCCCCUUGCUGCUGUCCGGCCUCUCGCAGACCCUUGUCGCCGCUUUUGGCUUCCACCAUGCCCAGUUUAUUGUCCGCGCUAUCCUAGGCUUGUUCAACGCCGGAUGCCUCGCCGCCUUCGCCCGCGGGGUCGGCCGCACCUUUGGCUCCUGGGCCCAGGCCUGGUUCGUCAUGUUGACCUGUAGCCAGUUCCACAUCAUGUACUAUGCCUCCAGGACCUUGCCUAACUCGUUUGCCUUUGGCCUCACGACCUUGGCCUUCUCCUUUCUGCUCCCUACUGGCAAUCCCCAGGACACCCCUCGGCGCCAGCGCAUCGCCAUCACGUUCCUUGCGUUCUCGGCCGUUGUCUUCCGCGCUGAGCUUGCCAUCCUACUCGGCUCUGUGAGCCUCUACCUCCUCGCCACGGGCCAGAGCACCCUUCUUAACCUAGUGCGGCCUCUUGUGGUUGCCUCCUUCGUAGCCCUCGCCGUGUCUGUCCCCAUCGACUCGUACUUUUGGCAGAAGCCACUCUGGCCCGAGCUCUGGGGCUUCUACUUCAACGCCAUCCUCGGAUCCUCGUCCGAUUGGGCGGUGGCUUCCCUGGGCGCCUCUACUCUCUCUAUACGCGCCGCCCGUUCCACCAUCGCCCGCGCUGCCAUCCUCGCCCUCGUUAUCUCCGUGCUAGCCACCACCGUAGCAUCGGCGGGUAUGCUUCUCCUCUCCUCGCUCAACUACCCUGGCGGAGAGGCCGUGGCUCGUCUUGCCGACGCUUUAGCCAACGAUCCCCGGUCCAACGUCACCGUUCACGCCGACGUUCUCACAUGCAUGACGGGCCUCACCCUCUUCUCCACCAACCCCUACGGCCUACCCCGCGGUGCUAAGCAGCCCAACGGCGCCACCGUCCUCUGGGAUAAGACUGAGGACAAGACGUCGGUCACCAACCCGGACUUCUGGGCCUCCUUUGAUUACCUCCUCGUCGAGGACGGCACCAACCCCCUGGAGGACCCUGGGAUACCCUGGCCGUCAUUCAUGGCUUUCAGGGGGUCGAGAUCCUCAGGCCUCAUGACGCUAAGCCUGACCAUGCCUCGUCCUCUACCCCCUCACCGGUAA